CUGUAGCGCUCCCCAGUGGGCAUUCAGAAUAUAUAAGGGGGCGGUGAAAGUUUUUUGCCACUGAAGGGGGCGCUGAGAUGCUAAUGGUUGGCGCUAGCGAUACAGGAUAUUCAUAACGGACAAUGGCUCAGAAUAAAAAGAAGUGUCGACAGUACAAUGUGGAUUACCUUCGGUAUGGAUUUAUUCCUUCACCCACGAAUCCACAACUCCCCAUGUGCCUGCUUUGUGAACAAGUUUUUUCAAACAAAGCAAUGAAACCCUCCCGGCUUAAGGAGCACUUGUCCAAAAUGCAUCCAGACAAAGCUUCAAAGGAACUGAACUAUUUUCAGGUAAUUAAAGAGAGACACUCUAAGAGAGGUAGCAUUAGCAGUAUGUUUGCUCGAAGCUCGAAUUUACUGGACCGAGGAUUAUUAGCUUCCUACAAUAUCUCGUUGCUAAUAGCUAAAAGUGGGCUCCCGUUCACAGUUGGGGAAACGCUAGUGCUUCCAGCAGUGAAAGAGGCUGUCUCUACAGUCAUGGAACAGGACUCGUCAGCAGUGGUAAACGCAAUUCCACUUAGCAAUGACACUGUGGCGCGAAGGAUAAAAGAAAUGUCAGUUGAUACUGAGGAGCAGCUCAGCGCCACGCUCCGUGUCAAUCGUUUCAGCAUUCAGCUGGAUGAGACCACAACAGGGGACAACAAUGCUUUGUUAAUGGCUUAUGUACGUUAUCUAUCAGACUGUGGAGUGGCCGAGGAGUUUUUGUUUGGAAAAUAUCUCAUAACUGACACACGAGGGCAGACUAUUUUCAGCGCGCUGGAAGAAUAUUUUCAGGAGAAGUCUAUACCUUUCAGCAACCUUCUUGCUUGUGCCACAGAUGGUGCUCCCGCCAUGGUGGGCAGGUACAGAGGCUUCAUUGCUCUUCUGAAAGAGCGUGCGCCAGACAUUCUUACUGUUCACUGUAUUCUUCACCGUCACAACCUGGUGGCUAAAAACAUCAGCCCUCAACUUCACAAGUCGCUGGAUUUUGCAGUUAAGUCUAUUAACAAAAUCAAAGCCCACGCGCUAAAUGACCGGCUCUUCAGACAGCUGUGCAGUGAAAAUGAUGAGAUGUUUGAGCGCUUGCUGCUGCACACGGAGGUUCGCUGGCUGUCCAGAGGAAACUGCCUGUCUCGUCUUUGUGAGCUCUUUGCCACAGUUUUGGAGUUUCUUGGGACCAAAGAUGUAGAUCUCAGGAAUAACUUGUUUUCCAGCCAAUGUGACAUUUUCUACCUUGCUGACCUUUUCGAAAAAAUGAACGAGGUGACCCUCAAGCUCCAGGGAAAUGGGGUGACACUGGUCCACUCUAAAACCACCAUCUGCAGUUUUCUUGUCAAGAUGGACCUGUACAGAGAGACUGUAGGCCGCCGGCAGUUUAACCACUUCCCUCGUCUGGCCACGGUGUCAAGCAAGUUGACUGAUGAGGAACUGCUGUGUUACACCGAGCACUUACGGAUGAUCAAAGCUGACAUGGAGCUCCGCUUCAGGGACCUUCAGAACCUGCAAGUGCCUUACUGGAUUCUGGAGCCUUUUCAGGGAUUCAGCCAGGUACUGUACAUGCAGUCAAAAUACCGAAACCGGCUAAAUCUGAUAGCCUCAGGUGCACUACGGCUCAAGCUAUCGUCUCUCAAUCCAUCCACAAAAACACUUGCAGCAAAUCACCAGGGACAAGGGUCUCACUAA